GAGGAGCUUAACCCUUCUCAGGAGUCAGCGGGAAUCUCCCAGCGCGACGUCUGUGACGUAACGUAGUAAUUACAUUAGGGAUAGAAAAUUAUGUCAACAACGGCGCAAAGCAGAUUAAAAAUAAUCCCCUUGGGCCGAUCGGCAUGUGUCAUUUCUUGGUAUCAGGUUAUGUGAAAUAUCAGAUGAAAGCCAGAAGAGGAUGGUUAAUAGAUUACUGAAUUACCUUGUUUGGCAUCGAGAUGAAUUUUGCGGGAAAGACAAAUUAUUUGCGUCUCGCGCGCCAACACAAUGGCGCGCUCUGCGAAGGAGACGAGAGAUUUUUCUCUCCAACGUAUUUAUGGCUCUUGUCUUAGCCAGAGGAAAAGAUGGUACCCUUUGUCUAGUGAACUUGUGGGCCGAAAAGUCGGUCAGUUUGUUAAAGGAAAGUUUUUUGAGGAAUUUCCAAGCGAAAUUAGUCGCGUUAAAAUCGGCGACUUAUGGCGGGAAAACGGAGAGCACGUCCCGUUCGAGUGGUUUUCAGUGAAAAGUUCAGAAGAAGCCUUCGCCAUAUCUUUGUUUGGUCUCCUUGGUGGCUCGCUCAAGCAGUCGUCGACGAAAGAAAGCGGAUUUUUGUCAUCCAGAAUUUUUGAGCUUGUCGUUGACACAAUAAACAAUGUUGAUGUCAGCGAUCGCAAUGUGGGUUCGGCAAUCGACGCUCGAACACCGAAAAGCCAGAGAAUCGCCAUCCUUGAAAAGGAACUAAAAUUUUAUCGAGACAGAGUUAGAGAAGUGGAAGCUUCGAUCUCGGCAGUUAUGGAAACUCCUCCAGAGACACCUUUGCCGUCAAAACUUAUAAGAUCAUCAAACCUCGAAAGUGUCGCGAAAAGUUCGCUUGGACCCAUCACCAAGAAACGAGAAAUGAGAUCGGUUUGUGGCAUUGCUUUAGAUGCGAUCCAAAAUGCCUUCAACUCUUCUUAUGGAAGUUUGGGAGCCAUUCUGGGCUACGGAUCUAUUUAUGGCAAUCAGGAACACCAGUUGGCUGUGAGUUCAGCAGUUUCAGAAGCCGUAGAGAUUGUUGCCCUAAACAAAGGACUCAAAGCUGCAGCAGACUUCGCGUUUACUCCCGAGGUUCAGCAAAAGCAACAGAUUGCCAUGCGAGCGCCAGAUUGGUUACAAGUCUAUGUCAAACUGGAGACAAAGUUACCGGACAAUGGCUGGCAAACCAUUUUAAACUUCCUAAAUCUUGGAAGAAGUGGGAAAGAUGGUGACCUACAGUGUCUCCUAACAAAGAACAUGAUCAAAGCAUGCAAGUCAGUCAUAUUUUCAACAGUGAGGUCUCUUAUGAAAAUAGAGCCUCUUGAUCCUCAGUUCGGAAUCACAGGAUAUUCUGUUGGUCUAGCUCCUACGCUAAUUUGGGCAAUCAGAGAAGCUAGACUACAUAAUUCAGCAAACCCCUCUAUGAUUUUUAACCUCAAGUUGGAUGGGAGGCCUUUUGCAGGUAAAGAUCAAGUCUCUGUGGGAGUAGUUGCAGUGAAUUUCAAUCACUCAUGUCCAGAGAGUUCUGAUUCAGUUUAUCCAUUAGCAAUUGGAAACUGCAAAGAGAACAGGGAAGAAAUACCAAAGCUUAUCAGACGGUUGAAUCAUGAAAAAAACAUCAUUAAAGAAAGAGGUUUAUCUGUAGAUGGCACCUGCUACAAGAUCAAGUUUGUUGAGCACGUCCCGUUCGAGUGGUUUUCAGUGAAAAGUUCAGAAGAAGCCUUCGCCAUAUCUUUGUUUGGUCUCCUUGGUGGCUCGCUCAAGCAGUCGUCGACGAAAGAAAGCGGAUUUUUGUCAUCCAGAAUUUUUGAGCUUGUCGUUGACACAAUAAACAAUGUUGAUGUCAGCGAUCGCAAUGUGGGUUCGGCAAUCGACGCUCGAACACCGAAAAGCCAGAGAAUCGCCAUCCUUGAAAAGGAACUAAAAUUUUAUCGAGACAGAGUUAGAGAAGUGGAAGCUUCGAUCUCGGCAGUUAUGGAAACUCCUCCAGAGACACCUUUGCCGUCAAAACUUAUAAGAUCAUCAAACCUCGAAAGUGUCGCGAAAAGUUCGCUUGGACCCAUCACCAAGAAACGAGAAAUGAGAUCGGUUUGUGGCAUUGCUUUAGAUGCGAUCCAAAAUGCCUUCAACUCUUCUUAUGGAAGUUUGGGAGCCAUUCUGGGCUACGGAUCUAUUUAUGGCAAUCAGGAACACCAGUUGGCUGUGAGUUCAGCAGUUUCAGAAGCCGUAGAGAUUGUUGCCCUAAACAAAGGACUCAAAGCUGCAGCAGACUUCGCGUUUACUCCCGAGGUUCAGCAAAAGCAACAGAUUGCCAUGCGAGCGCCAGAUUGGUUACAAGUCUAUGUCAAACUGGAGACAAAGUUACCGGACAAUGGCUGGCAAACCAUUUUAAACUUCCUAAAUCUUGGAAGAAGUGGGAAAGAUGGUGACCUACAGUGUCUCCUAACAAAGAACAUGAUCAAAGCAUGCAAGUCAGUCAUAUUUUCAACAGUGAGGUCUCUUAUGAAAAUAGAGCCUCUUGAUCCUCAGUUCGGAAUCACAGGAUAUUCUGUUGGUCUAGCUCCUACGCUAAUUUGGGCAAUCAGAGAAGCUAGACUACAUAAUUCAGCAAACCCCUCUAUGAUUUUUAACCUCAAGUUGGAUGGGAGGCCUUUUGCAGGUAAAGAUCAAGUCUCUGUGGGAGUAGUUGCAGUGAAUUUCAAUCACUCAUGUCCAGAGAGUUCUGAUUCAGUUUAUCCAUUAGCAAUUGGAAACUGCAAAGAGAACAGGGAAGAAAUACCAAAGCUUAUCAGACGGUUGAAUCAUGAAAAAAACAUCAUUAAAGAAAGAGGUUUAUCUGUAGAUGGCACCUGCUACAAGAUCAAGUUUGUUGUGACACUGGAUUACAAGUCUCUGUUGCUCCUUAUACGGAGGAUAUUGGAAGAUCAGGGUGAAGGAGAUGAUGAUCAUUGGGAGCCACUGGGAGGCAAAGGGUUUGAGGUUGGAUUCUGUGUGUUUUGCACAGCCUUGAGGGCUUGCAAAGAACAUUUGCCUGGCAGGUUUGAUGCUGCUUGUCUCACUUGUCUGCAAUCAAAAGCCAAUAUUGGAAAAUGGACUGGACUAAGGGAUGAUCUGGAGUUCUUGCUCGAUGAAGAGUUGUGCAAUAUACAGCUCUGCUCCCUUCAUCAGGAGAUGCGAAACACUGAGCAACUACUUGGUUCUUUGGGUCUAUUUGCGUAUCGCAUUGGAACCCUUAAAGCAUGCAAUGAAGCUUUGGCAAUAUAUGGCCCUGAAAACACUCGGUGUUAUGAACGAAUCCAGGUGAAGUUGCGCACUGGCCAACAGACCGCAGUCAUCAAGAGUAACAUUCAUGUCAGCUCUAUGUCUGGCCCUACAGAAAGAGCAGUUCUGGCUAAUUGUGACAACAUUGUUGAACAAUCUUUGCCUUUGGAAAAAAUCCAGCAACACUAUAGAGAAAUUCCUGACAGUUGUAGACAGCUUGUCCUAGGUUACGUAACUCAUUAUGAGGAAGUCCAACAGAUAAGCUGUCUUUUGACUAACAUUUUUUUGCUAUUACUACCAAAAUGGAUUACUCCACUAACAAGGUUCAUAGGGUCAUAUCUGAAGACAAUUUUAGACAGUGGCACAUUUACAAGAGACUUUGGGUCAAGACAGGAGAGUGUUUCCCUGAGAGAGGCAAAAGAUCUCAAGAAGUUCCUAGAUGAAUCCUAUGACAAAACAGUUAAAAGGCAGGUUGAGAUUGAACAGAGGUUUCUGCAAAGUGAGCAGAGUGUAUCUUGUUUGAAGCCUCCCAGAAAGAAGAAGAAAUUGAAUGCCCCAAAGCAAGAAGAUGCAACUCAGAAUUGUAUGGCAGGACUGGCAGCACAAUUACAGCUGGAUCAUUUUAAACAGGUGUUUCUAGAUUGGAAUGACUUAAGUCUUGUUAUUCGAAGCAAAGUGUUUGAGAAGGAUGAAAUGGAGCAAAUAGAUAUACAUGAUGUUAAGUGCAAGUUGUGGGGUUUGCUUCUGCGUCACCUGUUUGGAGUGACACUUGGAAUGGGAGACUAAUCUCACCUCACUGUGGAACACAGUGCAAUGUUGCUCCGAGAACAUGGCUCUUUCUGUAAAUUUUCGAAUCAAGGAUUUGAGGCAAAACACAAAGACGAUAGACGUACUUACUCUCGGGCCACCAAUCAUGAUUCCUCAGGAGAAGGCCAAUCAAUCCAUCAAAUUUUGACGCACUCCUCUGCAGAAAAACUCCUUUGGAUAAGGCUCCAAUUUGUUCAAGCUCUUCAGUGCCUAGCAACAGGAAAGAAAUUUUCAUUUCGCGGCUGCGGAUGGAGUAAGCGGACAUUCUGCUGGUCUCAGGAGGAUGAGGUUUGGAUCGAUGUUAUUGUUGAUCUUUUUGUAAAGCUCUUUGGCGAAGAUUACCUAAACUACACCUACAGUAAAGACCAUGGGACACAAGUAACAGAAGUGUCAGAUCCCAGGAGGAGCUUUAUCUAUGAUCAUGACAAGUGGGAGGAAUCGUUUGAGACAGUCUGCCAAGAGAGAGCUGUAAGUUUGCAAGCAAGAAGAUCAGCAAGUUUAUUAAAACAGCUUGCUGAUACCACGGUUAAACAGCCUGAAGCAGAGUCAAAUGAUCUAGAUGGUGUUGCCCCACUUCAGUCUCAGCCACUACCUUGUGUCUCGAACAGUGACGAACUGAAGACAGCAGAUGUUCCAGUCCUCCAUUGUAGUGAUGCUGUUGUAGAAGCCUCCUCUCUGCCUGGUACAGAAACAAGGCAUAGUUCAAAUGAUGUAGAAGAGGUGGCCAGAAGUGAAGUGUGCUCCCCAGUUGCCCCACUAGUACCAAGAUGCAGGAAGAAGCUAGCAAUAAAGCAUGGGUUACCUUUAAGUAUCUCUGCCCUAUUCCAGAUUUCAGCAACUGGGAUAUUUCAAGGCCCAGAAUCUGCCUUUGUGGAUAACUUGAUGGAUGGUUCAGUAGUGUUUGAAGGUAGCAAAGUAAUUGAUUCAAGGGAUCUUGUUGCUUUGAGAGGCGGUAGGCCCACAUCAGAGGAAAACUACCUCACAAACUUUGUCAUUGAAAGUUAUCUUGAUCUGAUUGCCAAACAAGGUGCACUCCAAGGAUCAAAAGUAGAAUGUAUUGGUUGGGAAUGUUUUGAGAAAGCAGUGGGGAGACAGCCAGCUAAAGAUGUCCUUACACGUAAUGCACCCCUGUUGCAGCAAGAUAUUGUCCUUGUGCCCUGCAAUUCUGAGAAUAGCCGACACUGGUUCCUGCUUGCUUUAUUUCCUAAGCAAUUCCAAAUUCUGGUGCUGGAUAGCACGGCAGGAAGCUUUAUCAAGCCAACAGCCAAAAAAGCCAUCACAAAGAUGUGGAUGUUACUCAAUGAGUUGGAUGCUACCAUUGAUGCCAGUCACUGGAAAUUCAUUGCAAACAAGCCCACUGACAUUCCUCAACAGCAGAAUGACUUUGACUGUGGAGUCUAUGUUUGCAUGUACGCUAGAUGUCUGGCACUGCAGCACCUCAUGCCUGACCAUAUACCCAGUGGUAGAAAAAUUAUGAUUCUAGAGCUGCACCAAGGACAACUCCAUCCCUAUCUCCAGUGAAGAUGUUUUAGCUUGU